AGACGCUGAAUGAAGUUUUCCGAUUUAGUUCUACGGGAGUUUUGCAGUUGUAGUUUUUUUUUUGGUGCGCUUUCAGUGACUUUUUGAAAAAAAAUUAUAAACAGUUUUCGUUAGUUUUUCGUACAGGAUUACAGUUCAGGUUAACAGUUUCCAAAAAGAUUUCGACAGUGAUCUUGACUUCGUAACUCGUUUCAUUCGGCGCCAAAAUAAGUUGAACUUGAACUUAAACUUGAAUAAACUUUUAAAAUGAAGGAACUGUUUAGCUUGUGGAAUAGGAUUUUGGGGACGACUUAUGAUGCCGUUAAUACAAAUUCAGUAAAUACAGAUCGUUCGAAAAAGCAGAAAGAACAAUACGACAAGAGCAGGUCGAGGAAAGGUUCUUCCGAAUAUAGAAGUGCCAUUUUAGUCGCCGUUAUAGGAUUGAUCGGCGUUUUAUCAGGAACAUUUAUUCAUGUAGUUAAUCCAUACGAUUUGAUCUACAGAUGGAAAUUGGUAUUUGAAAAAGGAGGUGAAAUUUAUGAAUUGUGGAGAUCUCCUCCAGUAGAAUUAUACUUAAAAGUAUAUCUAUGGAAUGUCACAAAUAAAGAAGCAUACAUGAGUGGUAUUGAUGAUAAACUGAAAAUAGUAGACGUUGGGCCGUACGUUUAUAGGGAAAUGCUAAGCCAUGAAAAUGUUACAUUUAACGAAAAUGGUACUCUAACUGCUGUUCCCAAGCACCCUCUGGUGUGGGUUCCAGAACUAUCCGAAGGAAGAAAAGAAGAUGACCUCUUAAUUUUGCCCAAUAUUGCCUUAUUGAGUAUAGCAGAUGUGGUAUCCGAUUCAUCGUACUUCACAAGAGUUGGACUCAAUAUAGUCAUUAGACAAACGGAGUCAGAACCACUUGUUCAAAUGACAGCCAAAGAAUUUAUGUUUGGAUAUUCCAGUUCCCUUAUGACCCUGGGGAACAAUUUUAUGCCAAACUGGAUAACAUUUGAAAAAUUGGGGCUCAUUGAUAGGAUGUACGAUUUUGAAGGAGACUACGAAACAGUAUACAAUGGUCAAAAACUUGGCGUGAACAAUAUUGGUCUCAUAGAAAAAUACAGAGGAUCAACAAAAAUACCCCAAUGGGAUAGUCCUUGCGGAGACAUCACCGGUGCUUCUGAUGGAACAAAAUUUCAAGGAUACAUACAACCCAAUGAUACUUUAUUGUUCUUCAGAAAGAGCAUGUGCAGAGCUAAAAAACUAAUAAAAGUUAACGAAACCGUAGCUAACGGUUUAAAAGCCUACGUUUACAAUUUCGAUCCAGAAGCAGACGAUAAUGGUAAAGUAAACGAGCACAACAAAUGCUUUUGCAAGGAAGGUACUAAGUGCAAACCAAAAGGUCUGUUGGACGUGCGUGGUUGCUAUUAUGGUUUUCCAAUAGCUUUAAGUUACCCGCAUUUUUUUGAAGCAGAAAAAAUCGUUUCGUCUAAAGUGAUCGGUGUCAAACCGGAUUCUACGAAGCACAAGUCUUUCUUUAUGAUUCAACCGGAAUCUGGUCUUCCUAUCGAAUUAGCUGUGAGAUAUCAAAUUAACAUGGAUUUGGGAAGUAUAAAAUCCAUUGCAAACUGUGAAAGAUUCGAUAAUAUGGUACUACCGCUAUUGUGGACUGAAAUUAGAAUGGACAAACUGCCAGAAUAUCUGGGAGUUCGCUUUAGACUCUACCUAAACAUUCUUCCUCUGAUGGAAAAAUGUCUGAUGAUCAUCUUCCUAGCUGGUGGUGUUCUCUUCUUCUUGGUAUCUCUUUAUAAAUUUGUCAGAAUAACAAAAAAUAAAGCUAUAAACUUCCAAGAUCCGUGGAUAGAGGACGAAUUGGUUCAUAACAUCGGUAGAAAAAUGAGUUAUUUGCCUCAGAAGAAAGCUAGCAUAAGUGCAAAGGAUUUCGAAGUGUACAUAGACAGCAUGGUGCCUUUGUCUAGGGAUAUAGAGCAUGAUUACGAUUAAAGUGAUAUUUGAUUAGACUUUCUGUAUUUAUACUUCUCAUUCAGUGAGAAAUGUAAAGAACAUAUCUCGACCAAACUGCCAGUGAUAUGAAAUAUGCAGGGUUAAGUUAUGUUUUAAUCCCAUUUUAAAGUUGAAAUAUUUUUGUUGAUAGAUUGAAUGUAUCUAAUUUGUCUUUGAGGUAUUUUCUCUAUUACGAUAUGUAUAGUAGACAGUUUUUGUUAUCUUGCUAAAAGUGUUUUUACUUUCAUGAAAAAUAUAGAUAUACGUGCCUAGUAGGGACCAAAAGUUACCGGACCAAGGGUCUGAAAGAAAUAAUAGAAACAGUUUGAAUAGUUUUAUUAUAAUUAACCUUUUAUAUUAUUAUACUGAGUUUGUUCAUCGAGAUAGAAUGAAGUAGGGACAAUAUAAACACUAGUUAGCGAUAUGACAGAUGGACACACUUAGAUUUGAUAAAAGUGAUGGAAAAGAUUAAUCAAAAUGGCGACUUAGAGUCAAUAAUUUUAUGUUCUAAGAUUGACUGUUUCAAGAUUAACGGAAUGAAAAUGUUUUUAUAUCAUUUAAAUGAAGCUUUCUUUUUAAAUUGCAUUUGUUAUUACAAAAACUCACUAGCUCGUAAAAGUGUAAUUGAAAGGUGAGGACAAUAAGUUUUGUUUAAUAGAGUUAGGAAAUACAUGGUCACCAUCCUGUAAUCUCGUACUAGAAACCCACAAAUAGGUAAAAUAGUAGUUUCUUGGAUACAGGAUGAAUUUUGUAUAUAAUUUAUAUAGUAUACAUCACAGAUAGAUCUGAUUUCAAUUUUGAAAAAAUAUUUCAUGUCAACUGAGCCAGUGGCACUGACGUAUUUUUGUGUAAUCUCAAACAUUAAAUCAUAAUUAACCAGUGCAUUUGUUAAAAUCAAUUUAUAGAAUCAUUUGAUAAUUUAUCUUUAUGGUUAAGAGGUACAAAAAGCAAUCUUGCCUAUUUUACCACUUACUUUAGUCAUAAAAAGAUGAUCAUAUAAAAUUGGAAAUAGUAAGUUUUCAAAUUUCAAUUUUUGUAUUUACCGUUUUUUAAAUAUUAUGUUCCAACAAAUUACUUGUAUCAGUUAUGGUUAAAAUUAUUUGAUGCGAUACUAAAGCUGGAAUAGUAUCAUCAUAAUACAGUUCUAUAGUCUAAGUAGAAACAGGAUAGUUUUGACAGAGUCCCUGGUUCCGGUUAUUUUUUUUCUGUUCGACCUAGAUAUUUUUGGACAUUGCCACGUAACUUGAGAUUUAUAGAUACCUUUAAUAUAAUUAGGAGAAUCUGGUUACAAUUGUGGUGGUUAUUUUUUCAAUCGUUAUUUUGUUGACAACUAAAUACUGUAUAGAUAUAUUUUAUAACGGGUGGUCCAACAAGAUUGCAACAUUUAAUUUAUCUGGUAAUUUUUCGAAAUAUUAAUGCCACCUAAAAACAAUAAAUUAACCGAAAGAUGGAAUGUCAUCUAUAAUUAGUCGAAUUGUCAAAUUUGACAUAAUUUGAGUCCAUCAUACUUUGGAUCACUCGUCAAUUUAACAAAAAAACAAAGUUUUAUUUCUAAACCGAUUUUUUAUUAUCGAGCGAAGUUUUAAGGAGUUCCAAAUCAAAAACUUUAACCUAGAAAGUGAUACGAAUAUUGUCGAGAAUAUUUUAUUAUUAUAUUCUCUAAGAUAUACUAAUUUAAUAUUAUUGUUUGAUAAAGAAAAUCGAUUUAGAAAAACUGUUUUUAGACAUUACAAUUAUUUUAAUUAAAAAAGUUUAAUUUUUAAGCAAAAUUUAGAAAGCUUUUCAAAAUCAGUCACAAACUCAAAAUAUCGAGCCAGAUUAUUGCAAAAAAUCUAGAUCUCAAGAAAUAAUAAUUUUAUUCUAUAGGAUCAUUGAGGCCUUAUUAUAUUUUUAAAGAAUUGCUGUAAAUUUUGUUUAAACUUUAGAAUAUAUAAGUUUGAGAUUGUGGAAAUAAUAUAAGCUGGGGAAACAUUUUUAUUGUAAUAACUUUGUUGCAAAUAUUACAAUUAUUUAGUAUAAUUAAUUAAUAUGUUUUAUAUAAUACAAUUUUAUUGUAAUAAUUUGUUUCAGAACGAACAAAGUUGUAAAUAGUUCCUAAAAAUGUGAAAUAUUUAAGCAAUUCAAAAACACCUCAAUUAUUACAAAACGUUAAAAAACAAUAUUUAAUUUAGUGAAUUCUUAUGGUGCAUUUUAGUAAUAUAGUUUUAUUUAUUUUUCGUGAUACCAUGAUAAUGUAUUGUAAUUAUGCUGUUAAGAGGAACAU